AUGAUGGCGAGGAAAAUCGACAAUCUCCACAACAGCAGGAGCAGGAAGAAAUUCCUCAACCGGAUCAAACCCCCGGAAGAACCACUUCAACCGGAACAAACAGAAGACGCUGAAGCAAUGCCUUCAGAUGCACAUGUCUCUUCUUUUGCACCGGUCAUGCUUGUACUGAUAGUGACAGAGAAUUAUGGUUUGUGGUUAAUGGAGUACUCCAUUAAGGAGCAUGCGCUGCUGAGUGGAUUGGAUUGUCAUGACUACCCUAGCAACUAUGGGGAGCUGAAGGACAAGGAAGCCGGCGAUUUCAAGUUUGUUGAAAAGUGGUUCAAGAGAAGGACCAAUAUUACCAUAGCAGAUGUGAAGAAGAAGCUAGGGAAAGUGAAGAGCGCUGUUAACAAGAAGAAGAUGGCUGCGCUAUAUUUCUUAACCAAUGUCUUGAAAGCGAAGUCCAAAUAA